CCUGUCUGCGAACACGUCACAAUCAUGAUUAGAAUUGAUGAUCGGACGUUCUGAUUUCAUUGUCUCGCUUAGGGGAUAGCUGAAGAAAUCUGCUGAAUUUGAACGUCCUUUCUGAAUUUGACAUCACACAUGCCGCAGUACGCAGAAGUGUGCCGGGUACACUGAGACAGGAUGGCUGUGAUCAACCCGCACUAACCUAGUAAUAUGGAGGUUUUGCUGUGACCUGCAUGGCGGCCCCAUUCCCCUCCAGUAGCAGAAUGGAUGCAUGGCCACAAAGGCGUGGCCUGCAGACUAUGAACCUGCGCUCAGUGUUCACCCCUGAACAGCACAGGAUCCUGGAACGUUACUAUGAGAAUGGGAUGACCAAUCAGAGCAAGGCCUGCUUCCAGUUGAUACUCCAAUGUGCCCAGGAGGCCAAACUGGACUUCAGUGUGGUUCGAACAUGGGUUGGCAACAAAAGACGGAAGAUUGCCUCCAGGGCAGACCAGAACGGAGGUUUGUCUCAUUCCCUAUCCAGUCAUGUACUCACUGGGGGACUUCUCUCCAAUCACACAUUAGCUGGAGGUUCUCUGUCCAAUCAUAGCAUAGCGGCAGGGGCACUCCUUCCCGCUGACAUGGCUGCAGCACGGACCAUUCAGAAUCGAGUACACCUUCUUCCUCCAUCCUCGUCUUUCCCUUCGUUCUCGUCAGCAUCUUCCUCUCCUUCCUCCUCCUCUCCUCUCAGCAGUGGAAGCAACAACAACAACAACAAUGACGUAAUAUUGACUGGAAUCUACUCUCUGAACUCCAUCCCUCGUUCUCGACAAAAACCAACUGCUCCCCCCUCUCAGUCAGACCCCGAACUUUCUGUGCACACUCCCUCAUCUCUGAUCAACCAGGUCCUGCAGAGCAGGAACAACUCCACCACCUCACCCUUCCACUCCAAGCUGGUGUCACUCUCACAGAAUCCCCCAUCCCUCACAUCUGCCUCAGGGCCAUUAGUCUACACUGCUGUCAGGAAGGGAACUUCAUCCCUUGGAGAAGCAGGGACAAGUGCAGGACCUGGAGCAGGGGUAGUACCUCACAGCUGGACUAGGCAGUACGGUACAGCGCAAACACGCCCUUGGUCUUCUUCCUCACAGUCCCAGGCUCAGCUUCAGCCCAGACCUCACUCCAACCCUGAGUCUCAUCCAGCUGUCACACACAAGACACAGGAUACCGUCACAGAACAAAACUCUGCUUCCUCCUCCGAACAGACGCCUCGAAUUCAGCAGGUCUUCACUUUGUCAGAAAAAAGUGAGGCCGACAGACUUACAUCUGGACCAUCUUAUCCUCGUAAACGUCAUGAGAGUCAAAGGCAUGUGCCACACCCUCAUGACACCAGUUCUAACUUCUCCAGCAUCUCCAUUGCCAUGGAGACCGGAGAUGAAGCAGAUGAGUGGCAAAGGGAGGAGGAAUUGGCCAGUAUGGCAGCUCAGACACAUCUCCACAGGGAGCAAACUAUGUCCAGCCCAACUGAGGCUGAAGUGUCUGUGGUGAGAGGAAGCCACACACCUCCUCUGACUAGCUCCAGGCCUGCUCCUCUUCACAGCAACACAACUCUUCAGGGCAGCUACUCCAUCACAGCACAGACCUCACUCACAGGGGAAUCCAGCUCACAGACUCCAGUCAGUGUGUCUGCUGCCCCCUGGGUUAUCAGCAACUCCAGGAAAAGAACACUGCAGGAUCGGACCCAGUUCAGUGACGGGGAUCUCAUGCAACUGAAGUGCUACUGGGACCGAGGUAUGACCAGCCUGGGCUCAGUCUGCAGGGAAAAGAUCAACGCUGCAGCCAACCAACUCAAUGUAGACACUGAAAUAGUCAAGACAUGGAUCAGUAAUAGACGAAGGAAGUACCGACUGAUGGGUAUUGAGAUUCCACCCCCUAAAGGUGGUCCUGCUGUAUUUUCAACCUCAUCCCCAGGUAAUGAAUGUCCCAUGACUCUGAGCCCUGAUGAAGAAAGGCUCAGAACGCCUGACCUCGGAGAUGACCUGAAUGAUGGCGGAUCUCUCUGCCUGUCUGAAGAUGGAUCCAUGGACUCACAACACAGAGACAGAGAAGAUGUGACAGAUGUGUCCAUUGCUGCUUCAAUGGCCAAUAAUGUGAAGAUUGAAGUAACUGGUGAGGAUGAAGAAGAAGAUGAUGAAGACGAUGAUGAUGGUGGUGAAUUUGUGGCCUCUGACCUACAGCAAAUGCAACAUCUGUUGGAAUUCAAGCACGAAGAAGUGCAGUUCUUAGAGAACGAGCUAGAGAACCAAAAACAAAAAUACCUUGAGCUUGCAAGCUUCACUAGGAGCCUUCUCAGUGCUCUGAGGAAUAAUGACCUGGAGAGACAGAAGGAACUUAUGGCCAGUCUACCUCAGCCUUCAGACCAGGACUGGGACACAAAUGUGGAGAGAGGAUUUGAUCCUGCUGCUGAGUUAGCAGACGCAUCUUUCAACCACGAUGGCUUCCCCGUGGCUGGUGACAGCGGCCUGGUGCCUCCGCCAGGCCCGGCAAAGGAAGAAGUCCCGCUGGUCACCAUCAACAAAGACGGUUCAAUUAAUGAAGAUACCCUGCAUCUUCUGCCCUCUGCAUCAGAGGAGCAAAUGCAGGAGGCAUUUACAGAACAGAAGUGACUCGUCUUAUGUACAACAGCUUCCUCACACACACAUAAACAGACGUUGUCGCACUCCACAUAGAAGAUGAUUUCACACACAAAGAUGGAAUCUGUUGUCUUACAUUUAAACUGGUAAACUUGUUCUCCACUCCCAGUGCCUGUGGAUUGAUGCUUCACUAUGACUGUUGGGCUGACAAAGGCCUUUUUUACUGCAUAUCAUUCGCCUUGCUCUGGAUCAGUCCAGAGAGAACAAUAAAUGACCUCUGAUUAA